AUGGAAAGGUCUCAACUAGAUGCACAAACUUUUGAUGUUGAUGCUCCCCAAACCGUUGAUGUUGAUCUUGAUGUAGAUGAAGGAGCUGAUGAAGUAGUUGCAGAUAAUAAGGGUGGUGGUCAUAGAGUAUCUUGGGUAUGGCAACAUUUUGAUAGAGAUGUUGUAAAGAAGGGUGUUAAGAAAGUGAAAUUCCCAUAUUGUUCAACAAUGAUGUGUGCAAAUUCAAAGAAAAAUGGUACGAUUGCAAUGGGAAAUCAUUUAAGACUCUAUUGUCCAACAUCUCCUAUUUAUGACCCUAAAGGAAAAGUUGGUGAUACGAAAAAACAAUCUGUGUUGAGUUUCAAAAAAGUGGGAGACUCGGGGGCUACUUCUUUGGAAGUUCAUUCCUUCAGCCAAGAGAAAUGUAGGAAUUCCUUAGCCCGCAUGUGUAUCAAAGACAAUCAACCUUUUAGUAUAGUUGAAGAUGAAGGAUUUAAGGAAUACUCACGGGAUUUGCAACCUCUAUUUAAAUUGCCCUCAAGGUGGACUGUUGCAAGGGAUUAUUUGCAGAUAUACAAAGAAGAAAUGUAUAAAUUGAAGGAUGUUUUAAAAAAUCAAACUGUCUCCAUUACAACUGAUACUUGGACAUCCAUCCAGAACAUUAACUAUAGUUGUUUAACGGUACAUUGGGUUGAUGAGACGUGGGUUUUGAGAAAGAAAAUUGUGAACUUUUGUCCCAUUGCAAAUCACAAAGGUGUAACCAUAGGCAAACUCGUUUACAAAUGUUUACAGAAUUGGGGAAUUGAGAAGGUGUUUACAGUGACUGUAGGUAAUCCUUCCUCAAAUGAUGGGGCAAUUAGUAAGAAACCAUCCCUUGAUGUUGACACAAGGUGGAAUUCUACAUUUUUGAUGUUAGAGACGGCAGAAAAGUAUGAGGCGGCAUUUGAUAGGCUUAUUGCGAUUGAUAGUGGUUUUAAUAUUUUUUGUGGAAGUGAGGUUGAUGAUGGUGAAGUGACUACGAGAAAGAGAAAAAGAAAUGAGAAAGUUGUGGGGACUCCCGAUGCCGACGAUUGGGAGGUUGCUAGAGGGAGGUAUUUUAUCGACUAUUUGAGGAUCUUUUACAAUGUCACAAAAAAGAUAUCCGGGUCCAAAACGGCAAAGUCGAUGAAAGAAAAAUACGACAAAUAUUGGGACAACAUUGAGAACAUGAACUUCAUGCUUCAUAUUGAUGUCGUUUUAGAUCCCCGCAACAAGAUGUGUUAUUUGGAGUAUUGCUUGGAGUUGAUUUAUGGUAAGAAUUCUACCAAAACAAAAACAAUUUUGGAGCAUGUCAACAAAACACUAGAGGACUUGUUUCAACACUUCAAGAACAAGACGGAGAGAGAAAGAUGUGCAAAGACAAGGAGUGCAUCAUCUUCUACCCCUAGUUAUUUUGAUUUUGGGCAUGGAGUUGAUAUGGAAGACGAUUUUGAAAGGUUUAUGGAACAACGUGGGCAUGGGGUUAAUAAAACAGAGCUUGAGAUUUAUUUAUCAGAUGGGAUAGAAAAACGGGUGGAGGAUUUCCAGAUUUUGGGGUGGUGGAAAUCUAAUUCAAAAAAGUUUCCUGUACUUUCUGAAGUGGUGAAACUUGUUUAA